UAUCAAUCGGCAUACUUAUUUUUAUCAUAUUUGGCUUCUUCUUUUUUUCUUUCUUUUGUACUAAAAAACUUUCAACUAAUCUCGAUAGUAUAUACUAACUGCAUGGUGUCAACUAAUAUGCCAAUAUGAGAUGCCACAAAUUCCACCUUCAUCGAUGGAUCCCUUAUUCCUUCAAUCAUCUCGAGUUGGACGCCGUAGCCUCAAGCCAAGCAUCUGAUCUGAAUUUGACGACAAAUCCGACCCACAGGUCUUGAGGAGUUCCACGAGCACAGCGACAACGACUAUACAGCAACAACGACUGCAACUUAAAAAAAAAGGACGCUCGAUCGGAAAGGCAAGCUAGGGCAUUCGAAUCAGUUGAGGGUUUUGCCGGAAGCCUCGUGUGCUUAAUUUAUGAUUGUGCCAAUUGAGAAAAAGGGCGGAGUUAGAUUAGAUAACUGGAAAUUGGAAAUCGGAAGUCGAAAUUGGGAGAAGACGGGUUGUUGGGGGAUGCCUUGUUUUAGAGACGAGUCCCUUGCGGUUCGCGCCUAUACAGUUUGCGAUGAGUCAAGGUAUUUGAUUGUGAGGAACGUCCCGGCAUUGGGUUGUGGAGAUGACUUGCACAAACUGUUCUCCUCCUACGGGAACCUUGAAGAGUGUAAACCCAUGGAUGCAGAAGAAUGUGAUGAAUUCACAGACGUUUAUUUUGUCAAAUUUCAUUUGGUCACCAAUGCCAGGUUUGCAAAAAGAAAAUUGGAUGAGUUUGUUUUCCUUGGUAAUCGGCUCCAAGUCUCUUAUGCGCCUGAGUUUGAAAGCUUGCUUGAUACAAAGGAAAAGCUGGAAGUUAGGAGACGGGAAGUUUUAGCACGAUUGGAUUCUGGCAGACCAAGAGGAACUGCAGUUAGUUCAACAACCGCAAAGCUUACAAAUCAAUCUCGCUCUCAUUAUACUCUUAAACAGAAGAACUCCCUUGAAAAGAGUAGGAAUUAUGGAGACGCAGCACUCAUUUCCAAUCCCCAUGUUUCUCAAAUAACAAGAGUUUCCUCUGACCAGGAUUACUUCGCAUCUGAAUCUAUGAAUCAAACUGUGCAUCUCGUCAGGGAAAAGCUUGAUAAGAUUCAAUCAAGCAGCGAACAUCUGCAAGCUGGACCUGCGAGCAAGAAAUCACGUAUGGACAAUAGGAGGAGAAUCUAAUGCUUGCCGACCUCUUUAUAGAGACGGUUAAUAGGUGUUUCAACGUUGUAUCAAAAGUUAUUAUUUUGACAUGUCGCAUAUAGGCAGAUUUGCAGUGUACACAAAUUAAACUGUUUGAUCUUUUAUUCCAAAGGUGGAAAAGGAAUAGCGCAUGCAACAAACUUCUGUAGAGGAGUGUUUUAUUGUCAUCACUAUAGCACGCAUUGCUAUUAGCAGUUCUUCUCACACGAGGAUCGUGAUUGUAGAUUUAUAGAACAACUUUUUACCAAAA